AUGCCUGCCACAGUGCGCCGUCUACUCGAGGAAGAACGGGACGAGGGCACAAUUUGGGUACAGACUUGCGAGAUUCGACAAUUGUGA